AAAAGAAAAGAAGAGAGCUAAGCGUAGACUUUUGGCGUAAAAUAAAAGCCUUUGACACGUCAACAAAACCAGCUGUAAUAGUCCUCCGUUUCCACCCCGACACGACCGAGGCAGUCCUGAAAGACUCCACUCACACACACAGGAGAGAGAAAGAGGGAGAGAGAGAGAGAGACUUUACUCCCUCCUUUCUACACCCGUGCACUAUAAAUUUAGGCCUACUUGCAUCAGUCUUCUCCGAUUCACCCCCUCUUUCUCUCUCCUUCUCCAUAUCUUUAACUCUGCUGCUGCAGAAAGCUUUUAUUACACAAGUUGUGUGUUUGUUGGUUUCCCGCCAAAACAGCAAAAGCUCUUUGCUGCAGAGAGCUAUCUCUUUCUCUUUUCCUUUUCUCUAUAAGUUUGAGCACAGCUUUACUACGUAUACUAACUGCCUACACUUUCUCUGUGUAAUUCCCUCUCCUCUAUAUAUAAAGACUCUCUUCUGUCUCUCUGUCUGGUCCCAACAAUUCUGAACCUCUGAGCCAAAACGUUGGACUCCGAGAUUGUUGUUCUUUCACUGCUGAUUCAACUGUUGCUUCAAUGAUCCUCUCAAGUGUAUCAGUUCUUGUUUUUAAGUUUUACCCAAAUAAAGAGCUGAUCUUGAUACCCUUUUGAUGUGCAAAAAGAUAAUCAUCUCCUUCUAUUUGUGUUUUGCGUCGUCCAUAGCAAGGACUAUAAAUCAAGGGGUUGACUCUAAGGUGUCCGUACGAACGCCGGUGAAACUUUCAGACCACGUCUUCACGACAUGGCGUCCGACGGCCGACCAAAGAAGUUCAGGCAAAAGGUGGUAAGGAUCAUACUCACCGACGCCGAUGCCACUGAUUCCUCCGAUGACGAUGAACAAGUUACCAAUCGGAGAAUGAAGAGACUCGUCAGAGAGAUAAGCUUCAGGCCAACUAUUAAAUCGCCAAAGCAAGAACUAGCUAAGAAGCGAAGCUUCAAAAGCUUGGGCUCGCCUGAAACUGACGUCACUCGCAAUAAAAAGUUCAGGGGCGUGCGUCAGCGGCCGUGGGGACGGUGGGCAGCGGAGAUCCGAGACCCGUCACGGAGGAAACGGCUUUGGCUCGGAACUUACGACACGCCUGAAGAAGCUGCCUCUGUGUACGACCGAGCCGCCGUUAAAUUAAAGGGUCCUGACGCCGUCACAAACUUUCCCAAAGUUUCUGUUAUGGAAACGGUCGUUGAAGCACAAACGGAAAGCGAAGGCCUAGCAAACGACUCUUCUUUGUCGCCCACGUCGGUGCUCCAUUAUAACAAAGAUUCCACACCGCCGAAGGAAAACGAAGGCCUGUCAAACGACGCCGCUUUAUCACCGACGUCGGUACUCCGUUAUAACCACGAUUUCACGGCGUUUGACAAUUUCAGUUAUGGUGAGGUGGACGCAUUCGGGUUUGAGUUCGGGUUCGGAUUCGACAUCGACAUGCCAUUCACUUCGCCGGAUAUCUCUCUGUCGAAGAAUUACUGCGCCGAAGAUUUUGGAGAGUUUAACGUAGAUGAUUUCCUCGUUGAAGUCAGAUGACCAAGAAGACCAGUCUCUGCCCAUACUUUCUGGGGCUAGUUAGUACUUUUGUGGAAAAUGCAGUGCUUGUUCUGUAAUUGUAUUCUAUGAGAUACUUCUGCCUUCGUAACGUGGCCAUGUUUGAUCAAUUGAAUGUAAACAGUGCUGUGUAUAAUAGUACAGUGAGAGAGUAGCCAAUAUUAUUCAGCGAUUUUUUCUACCGUGAGGUUUUUGUAUGGUUUAAUUGUUUAAGG